AAUUUAUAAGGCGGUUGGUUGGCUGAGGACUCGAAUCAAACACAUUAGUGAGCUGUGCCUGGCCGGCCUGUGUAUAUACCAAGAUGGAAAGCUGCAAAGACAACGACGCCACCGCCGGUGAAGUCGCCGUCGUGGUGGUGCCUCUUCCAGCUCAAGGCCAUCUCAACCAGCUCCUUCAGGUUUCUUGUCUGCUUUCCUCCUCCUCCUCCGCCCUCCAGGUCCACUACCUCGGCUUUUCCAUCCACACCCAACAAGCCAGAGUCAGGGCCAAUGGGCUAGACCCGGAGAAAAUAUCCAAAAUCCAUUUCCACGAGCUUCCUACCCCUGAGCUGGACUGCCCUCCCCCGGACCCGGCCGCCGCCCUGAAGUUCCCCACUCACCUGCAGCCGCUCUGGGAAGCCUCGCACCUUCUCUUGCGCCGCCCCGCCGCCGACGUUCUCCGCGAAAUAGCGUCAAAAUCCAGAAGAGUGGUGAUCAUCCAUGACUCUAUCAUGGCAUCGGUGGUUCAAGACGCGGCGUCCAUCCCCAACGCCGAGACCUACUCUUUCAAUUGCAUCUCCGCCUUCUCCCUCCUCUCCCUGAUCUACUACCGGGCGGGAAGGCCAUUCCCCGCCGUCGCCGCCGUGGAAGAAGCAGGGCUGAGGGAGCUGAUGCCGGACCUGGAGGAUUGCACGAGUUAUGAUAUCCGGAGGCUGGGGUCUGCGCAGAGAGAGUUCUUGAAAUUCCGGUGCGGCGAGAUUCAUAAUACGAGCAGAGUGAUUGAAGGCCCGUUUCCGGAUGUGUACGAGCGGGAGGAGUUUUCCCAGAACCUGAAGCAAUGGUUCAUCGGCCCCAUUCUCCCUCCCCUGAACACGUAUAAGAAGAAACAGAAUGUGUGGUUGGAUUGGCUGGAUGAGCAGCCGCCGGACUCUGUUCUGUAUGUUUCGUUCGGGACGAUGACAUCCGUGUCGGAUCAGCAGGUUACAGAGUUGGCAAAGGGGUUGGAGCAGAGCAAAGUGAGGUUUCUUUGGGUGUUGAGGGAUGCAGAUAAAGGGAACAUCUUUUCGGGAAAACCGAGAAGGAUUGAGCUGCCAGAAGGGUUUGAGCAGAGGAUGAUCAAAAGGGGAGUGGUGGUAAGAGAGUGGGCACCGCAGCCCGAAAUCCUGGCGCACCCGUCCACGGGAGGGUUCAUGAGCCACUGCGGGUGGAACUCGUGCAUAGAGAGCAUCACGCACGGAGUGCCCAUGGCCGCGUGGCCCAUGCACUCUGACCAGCCGAGCAACGGGUUCUUGGUGACAAGAAUACUGCGAACGGGGCUGAUGGUUCGGGAGUGGGGAGAGCAUAGAGAGCUGGUGAAGGCAUCCAACAUUGAGAAUGUGGUGAGGAGACUUAUGGCAUCUGAAGAGGUUAGAACGAGGGCUCAAGCAUUGGGUGAAGAUGUUAGAAAAUCUGUUCAACCCGGAGGCGUGUCUCACAUCCAACUUCACUCUUUCAUUGCCCAUAUCACCAGAACUUAAUAACGUACUUCAUUGUUAAAGUACUUUCGUGUUAAAUUAAAGUAGAAUGCAGAUUCAUGCCACAUGUUUGAAUAAUUGAAUCUUAUCUCAAUCGUUAUCAGUAACAUGGCAGAUUAUAUUCUAUAAAUAGGCACACUGCACUCCUGAUUAUAAUAAUGAUACGGAGUAUUAAGCAUAUACUAUCCAUAUACUCUGAUUAUUUUAAGUAAUACUUUGCAUAUACUCCG